GCACUGGCAUGAUUUAAAGGUCUUUCUUUUCCUUACAUUUUCUCUAUAUAUGGUGCAGAGCUGAGAGGGAGGAAUUCUAGUGGAGGUUGCAAAACCAAGAUUACAUUUUCCAGGAGAUAUGAAGUGAAUUUCCAAGCAAAGAUGAAAUCUUUCAGUGGAUUGGGGAUUGUUUUAAGUUUAGUUUUUGGUUGUCUUGUAUUGGCUCUUGUUGCAGAGCUUUACUAUUUGCUUUGGUGGAAGAAGAGAUUUGCUAACUCUGAGGUUGAGUACGAUUACAGCAGCCACGCACAGGAGCUUGUUCAACUCUUCUGCUGGAAGAAACCAUCAGCUUCUUUACAUGCAUCCACCAUCACCAACAGCAACCAAGAUACCAAUGGUGUGGAGCCAGACAUCGAACUUGGGCCGACCAAGGGUUUGCUGCUAAAGGGUUUUCGAGAAGAGGGUGUUGAAUUGGAGCUGAUGAGGCUCCACAAUCUGGCUGGUCCACCUAGAUUCCUCUUCACCAUCAAAGAGGAAACGAAGGAAGAUUUGGAGUCUGAAGAUAAAGGGUCAAGAAGAAGGAACUUGAAUGAUGUUAUGCUGCCUGUCGACACUCCUUUUCAUAGUCCUUCGUCUUCUCCACCAUUGAAGUCACCUUUGGGUUCUUAUUAUCAGCCUCAAGGAUUCAAUCCUCUCUUUGAAUCUUCGACCGAUGCCGAGUUAAACAAGCUGAGAUCUUCACCUCCUCCGAAAUUCAAGUUUUUGAGGGAUGCAGAAGUGAAACUUUUAAGAAGGUUGACGUUAGAAGCUGAGAAAAUGGUACAAAGUAGAAGGGACAAUGCAACAGAAGGGACGAUAGUGGAAGGGUCUUUCCUUAAAUUCAUCGUUGGUAAGAACAGGGAACCUCUCCAGUAUUUACAACAGUAUCCUUCAAAUUCUUCUCGGGUGCUGCCAUUGUCUUCUUCUCCUACAACAUUCAGACCACCAGACAAGAAAGACAGUGUGCAUAAGAUCCCUGUUAGAUGAGUUUUUUUUUCUUUUCAAUUUAUUCUUUUAGGGUGUUGGCUUGGUUAGUUCAAAGUGUUGCCCCGUCUUCCAUGUCCCCUGAGUCUCACUUAAACUACCUUCCCAUCGUCUUCUCUGUAUUUUCACGAGCUAAUGGUAUGUCGAAAUGGUGUACAGCUAA